UGCUUAUAUUACCACUUUCAUUCGACAUUACUGUUAAAAAUUUGAAUAAAUUAAAUCGUUAUUGUUAAAAAUGUAAAUUUAAAAAUCGCGGUCGAAAACGUUCUCUUUGAAGUCUUCAUUUAAAGAUCUUAUUGCGCAGGUGUAAGGCAGAAUUUUUUCCAUGGUUCAGUCAAGCGUUAUUGUUGUUUACUGUGUUGCUAAUUUGUUCAAAACUGAGUUUAAUUAUUCAAAAAUCAUGAGUUUAAUCGGAUUAAUCUAUAAAAUUCGUGCCUCUAUUCAACCUGUUGAUGCGCAGGAUCUUACAACUCAAGAAGCUUCUAUCUUAUCAUUUGAUUCAAAUGGAAAGCUGUUUAUUCACAAAGUUGAAGAUCUUGAUGCCUCAUUGUCCAACAUAAUGAAUAUUAUGUCAAAUAACGAAGAACUUAAUGUGGAUGGAAAGAUCUUGAAAAUUUUGUUUUACGGCAAUGAAAAAGAUACCGAAGAAAAAUAUGUCUAUUUCUUAAAGAGAUUGAACGAGGAAAAAGAAUGUUCGCCACAGGAACAAGAUCAUGAAAUUAGCUCCAGCCAAGAAGAGAAUUUUAUUCCCAACAAACGUGUAAAAAAAGAGAAUAUACAAAAAAAAUUGAGCGCGAUCAAAGCUUUGAUCAAUCAAAUUGAAAAAGAUCUUGACGGAACGAAAGAAAGCGAACAGAAUCUCGCAAAAACAAAACCAACAAUUCAACAAGUCAACUUGGAACCGACUUUGACUUCUAAAGAUAAAGAAAUUUCCUUGAAACAAGAUCUUAUACAAAAGUUCCAAGUUAAACUCGCUAAACGACGUAAUUCUUUUGAUUGGAUUAAGAUGGUAAAUCGAUUUGAAAUUCCCAAUGUUGAAGCUGAUAAGAUGAAGGCAAUUCAAAGAACUCUUACAUCAGGAAGCAAACUUCAUGGUGCUGUUAUCAGAGGUGUUGCUAAGUUCUUAUUCGGUGAAAAAAAAUUGAUUGAAACAUAUUUAAUGAAUCCAAAAGGAAAAUCUUAUUUGACCAAACAGGGCCAAAGAUUCAAGAUCUUCAGUCCACAGGAAGAGAAAGAUCUUAAAAGUAUUCUCAGUCUAAUCGAUGAAGAAUUAUUUAAUGACCCAGAUGCUUGGCAUUACCUGGUCCGAGCACCAAUAAACCAGCAAGGUUUGGAUUUGAAAAGAGAUCUAAAUAAAAAGAAAUCAAAAAAUUCUAGUGAAGAACCAGCAAGUUCUUAUACUGAGGAUCCGUUUUUGGACGACGAUGUUGAUUUCUCACAGUAUGAAAUAGAGGAUUAAAUACAUUAUUCACACAAGAUCUUAGAUAAUUGUAAAAAUUUUACAGCAAAAAUAUCCAUCAUUUACCUUCCAUUUCAUAUAAUUUUGACUAAAAAAUUUGUAUAAGUUACAAAGAA